UCUCUCACGGAAAUUGCUUUUUGUUCGCUUCCCCCUGUUGUGCCCCCCUUCCGCCCCGCAGCCGCCGGCCGCUUCAAAUUCGCCGAGGGUAACUCGCCGACCCACCGGAAGAAACCGCCACCGGUACGACCCGCCCCCGGCCAUCGCCCGUCGCGUCCACCGAUUCCCAGCGGAUUCGAGUUCGUUCAAUCGGAGAGGAGGCGCCCCCUUGAUACGAUACGAGGGCAAUUGAAGGCGGCGGCCCGACCCGAUUUUUUUUCUGUGAUUUUUUUGGGGGCUGAUUUUUGGGGGUGCCUCUCGUGAUAGCCCUCUCUAGGGUUUGAGGGUUUGGGUCGGGCGGCGAGGUGGAUGCGCUGCGGCGCUAGGGUUUGGGGGCGGUAGCGGGACCUCCGCGAGGAGGGAGGGAGGUCGCCGCCUUGCGGUGAUUGGUGGUAAGGAGGAAGAGUGCUAGGUUUUGGCGGGUGGUGGUGUGGCAUUGCGGACGUGGAUUGGCCUGGUGGACGCGAGGAUUGGAUCGGCAGGGGAGGACCUCACCUCUCCGCCUGCCACUGCUGGGUAGAUGGUGAGUGGCGCCUGGCGCCAUGGACCCUGACAUACCCGCCCUCAAGCCGCAAUGGCUGAUGCAGGGCCAGGUCACAGCCACUGGUGCCGCGAGUCUCUGGGCUGCAGCUUCUCCUUCGUUGCGCAAAGAUUCUCAAGGUAAGGGUGGUCCAUCAAGAAAUCGUUCAUCUGGGCACAAUCGUGACCAGAGUUCCCGGCAGUCUUCAUCACGGAAGAGUUCAGUCUCAAGUGGGCCCCGACGUCUUGACCGGGACAGGGAUGAAAUGGGGAAGACAAGGGGCUAUGCAAAUUUUGGAAGGAACAAGGAUAAGGAGCGGGAGAAGGAUUUUGAUUCCCGUGAUAGAGAGAGUAGGUCUGUUGCAGCAGAUCGUGAUGGUUUUCAGUCAUUUAGCUCAUGUAAACCUGAAAGGGAUAGGAUGAAUCGUGCUCGCUCGAAGACCGAUACAUGGAGUAAGGGAGUAGGCAAUAAUGGUAGUACAUCUAGAAGCAAUGCUGUUGGCGUCUCUUUUGAGCGAGAUUUCCCACAGCUUAGUUCUGAGGAUAAUGGAAAGCAAGAAAUAAGCAGAAUUCCGUCUCCUGGUAUCACCACCCCAAUUCAGAGCCCGCCUCCCUAUACUGUGCUGGCAGAAGCUCCUGUAUCAAGCGAGACAAAGAAAAAUCUUGUUGCAUCUUCUGUACCACAAGCAGCUCCUAGUAAAAAGCCUGAAGUUGUGCUGAACAGUGGAGCUGUAUUAAGCAUGGCGGAGACUGUAAUGCAAGCUCCUCAGAAAAUUUACUUGGGACCCCAGUUAUCAAUUGAUGCUCAGAAGAUUGAAGAAAGAACUCUGAGACAGAACACUUUAAGACCUUUGACAUCUACAGCAAGCAAAUCUUUUGUAACAAGUUCCUCCAAAACAAAAGGUACAAGAGGAGAUCCUGCUGGUCCUAGUAAGGCCAUACAACAAGCAUUAUUGCCUCCUGCCAAUGGCUCUGUUCGAGCUCCAGUUAAAACCGAGCUUUCGAAGCUUUCUCUUUCAGGAAGCUUUAAAAUCCUCACCCGGGAGCAGAAUGGUACUGCACAGGCUCCUAAAGACUCUCCAGGCAAUCCUGUGAGUCCUCCUCCAGCUCCUGUGGCUUCAGUGGGACCACAGAAAAAGCCAUAUCAAAACCAAAAGCUUAAGAUUGCCACACAUGAUCUUCCUCUAACUCAAGGUGCAUAUGGUGAUACAAAAUUAAAAUCAAAAAUUAGAUCGAAUUUCUUUCGAACGUUGCGAUCCAAGUCUUCUAGUGGUUCAAGCUCAGUCAUUGAGUCAGGUUGCGAGCCGUCCCCAUCCAGCAUAGUUGAUGUGGAACAUGAUUCUUGUCUUAAACCUGGAAAAGCUUUCUCCUGUAUGGGGAAUGGAAAGUGUUCCUGUGAAGAAGCGAAUUCUUCCGAGGGAUCUCAGCGGCACCUGUCUGACAACGAGGAGAACAAUUCAUCCUUGGAACCUGCUGACAUGGCAGAUGGUGGGUCUCGGCAGCUUCUACUAGAAAACAGGGAGUCUGACUCAUCUGAACUUGCUGACACAGGAGAUGAAGGAUUUCAGGUGUCCCUCUCAGACAAUAUAGAUGGUAGUUCCUCCUCUGCACCUGCAGAUUCAGAUGAUGGGUGCAAGAAUUCGCAGUCUGGCAAUGAGGAAGCUAGUUCAUCAUCAGAGGCCACUGAACCAGAAGAUGAGGAGUACCCAGCUGAAGCCAUAUUUACUGCAGAGGAUUUGGAUUUCAUGACAUCACUUGGCUGGAGUAAAGAUGAAGAAGUGCAACCUUUGGGUUUGGAAGAGAUUGCUGAUUAUGUGAGGCACCAUAAGGGGCUCGAGCAGAGGCUUUUGUCCAUGGAAAGCAACGCCCACAUCAAGAUAGUCCUCCUUUAUCUUUGCAGCCAGAGCUAAAUGAGGCUGCAGGGGCCCAAGAAUAUAGGGGUUAAUGGCGAUGUCAAUCUGCAGAAGAUGCUUCAGAAGGCAGGCACUUGGAUUAUGGGAAGCCACAGAAGCUGUUUGCAAAAUGCAAUGGCUAAUCAGAUCGAGCGUUGGCGUUGGUUAUGUCUUGAUGCUGAAAACAGAUAGCAAUGCGUCUUGGCAUGAGUUUUGUCUAGAUUAACAAGUCGAGAUUUUUCCUUUCCUGCUGACGCUUGUCCAGCAAACUUGGGGGAGGUGGUUCAAAAGUAGUUCUGACAAUUUUUUGCAUGUUGGAAACAGGAGUUUAGGAUUUAUUAUCUUUUUCCCAGGAAUACCAAAUGUAAGCCCGGUCUUUUGCUGCCAUUUGCAAAAAUAGGUUGCUUUUUCUCCUUGUCAGGGCUUAUCUUUAUUUUGGAAGAAGAUAAAGUGAAAAUUUUAAGCAUGAAAAAGGUGAAUAGGAUUAUACUGGUCUCCAA